CAUUCUUAUUUGCUGACUUUUUUUCUUUAUAAAUAGUUGCACUAUUUGUCAUUUCAGAUCGGUUAAAUAUUGGUAUUUAAUGCAUGUGAUUGUUGUUUUCUAUACUACAUAAACAUUGAGUGUAAUAAUCAUCAGCAUGUGGAAAUUUCAAGUUACUACUUUGCUCUCGGUUAUUACAAUCUGCGCUAGCUUACGAUAUGGGUCACAUUUUGAUGAACCUGUUCUGCAUAUGGUAAAAUCAGCUAGCAGUGAUGUAAAAGAUCAAGAAACUACAUACAAAAUAAGUGACACUGAUGGUUAUGGUCGUAUAUUUGAUGGAAUUGGUGGACUCUCUGGUGGAGGUGCAACUUCUAGACUCCUAGUAAAUUAUCCAGAAAAAUACAGGAACCAGAUUUUAGAUUACCUGUUCAAGCCUAACUUUGGAGCAUCAUUACAUAUACUGAAAGUUGAAAUAGGUGGUGAUGCUCAAUCAACUGAUGGAUCGGAGUCAUCUCACAUGCAUACAGAGGAUGAAACACCAAAUUUUAAUCGAGGGUAUGAAUGGUGGCUGAUGAAAGAAGCAAAACAAAGAAAUCCUGACAUCAAAUUAGUGGGAUUGCCGUGGGCAUGGCCUGGAUGGGUAGGUCAGGGAACUGCUUGGCCAUUCACAAAUAACACAAAAGCAGUGGGAUAUAUAAUAUCAUGGAUUCUUGGGGCCAAAUCUGAACAUGGUCUGUCGAUUGAUUAUAUUGGAAUCUGGAAUGAAAGACCUUAUGAUGCAGGAUAUAUAAAGCUUCUCAGGAAAAUGCUUGACGGUCAUAGUCUAUCCAAUGUAGCAAUUAUAGCUGCUGAUGAAUCACUUAGUUCAACAAUUGCUCAGGCGAUCUUGAAUGAUUCUGAAUUAAGUAAUGCAGUUGAAAUAAUUGGGACACAUUAUCCUGGUACAAUAUCAACAUCAAAAGCGAUUCAGACUCAAAAGAAAUUGUGGGCCAGUGAAGAUUACAGCACAUAUAAUGAUUAUAUUGGUGCAGGUUGUUGGGCUCGUAUUUUAAACCAGAAUUAUGUGAAUGGCAACAUGACUGCUACGAUUUCUUGGAACUUAAUCGCAAGUUAUUAUGACAAUCUUCCCUUUAAAAGAUGUUCUUUGAUGACGGCAGUUGAACCAUGGAGUGGGCAUUAUGAAGUUCCCAGUGUUGUAUGGAUAACUGCACACACAACCCAAUUUUCACGACCUGGCUGGAUGUAUUUAAAAACUGUAGGGCAUUUGGAGAAAGGAGGCAGUUAUGUGGCAUUGAGCAAUGGCAAAGAAUUGACAAUUGUAGUAGAAACUAUGUCGCAUGAUCAUUCUAAAUGUAUUAGACCCCCAUUACCAGGAUAUACUGUAGAAGCACAGAGUGUUACUUUUGAAUUGGAUGGAUCUUUCGCGUCAUCUGUCAAAAGUUUGAAUAUAUGGACUUCAGAAAUUGGAAAAGAUUCCACUGAUGAUCAAAUAUUCAAGCAUUCAACAGUGACAGUUUCUGACAACAAAUUUACAAUAAUGAUGGAACCUGAUAAAGUGGUGACCCUGACAACUGUAUCAACAGGUAACAAAGGUUUUUAUGAUGGAGUGCCUGCUUCAUCACCCUUUCCAUUUCCAUAUGAAGAUAAUUUUGACAACAUGACACAAUACACAGAAGCACAUAAUUUUGCUGAUCAGUCUGGUACUUUUGAAAUUUAUGAAAACAAGACAAAUACAGAUGGGCACCAGUGGACAAUGAGACAGGUUGUUCCACAAAGACCUUUAACAUGGUGUGAUGAUUCAGAUUCACCCAUUACACUGAUUGGAAAUCAUUCCUGGACACAUAUGAAUGUCACUGUCGAUGUCAAGUUGGAAGAUUCAUCCGGUGUGUUUGUAGCUGCCAGAGUUGAUGCUGGAGGUUGUGAUGUUCGCAAUGCAAAGGGAGUAUUCUUAUGGCUACACAAAGAUCAAUCAUGGACAUUAACAACAACAUUAGAAAGAAAUAAGUAUUUAGGUCGAUGCUACUCUGACUGGGGAUGUUGGCAAGGAAUAGGCCUAAAAAUGAAUCAAUCUGGAUGGAACACAAUCUCGGUUGCCAUUACCGACACUGUCGUUUACGGAUACUUGAAUUCUUUACAAAUUUUCAAGAAAUCUCUGUCUGAUUUACCUGAUAUACCUAAAAAUGGCUGGGCUGCUUUCGGCGUUCAGUCGUUUGCUUAUGCACAAUUUGAUAAUUUUGUUGUCAAAAAGGCAUGAUUCAUUCAAAUUGUAAGCAGAUUUAUUGCCAAAUAAAAUGGAAUAGAAAUCAAAAAAGUGUACCUAGAUUGCAAUAUUAUCAUUUCAUUGAAAUACAUCAUUUCCAUCUCAGCUGAUCGAUAUUGAUUAUAAUUAUGAUUAUGCAAUUUUUCUUUGUACUCAUUAAUUCUGAUAUUACAGUAUAUUUUUACAAUCUUCACUAUGAUAGCGUGCUAUGCUGAUGAUUUAUACAUUGUUUCAAUUACUCAUAUGCAGUAUGGUGCCCUUCAAUUGUGCUAUUAAUUUUUUUUUUUUAAUUAAUAAAAGUGACAGAAAUAUUAUGAAAAAAUCGUGAAUUAUUCGUU